ACAACUUCUCCUCCUCCCCCACCGACUCACGCUCUUUCCACGCCCGAGCGUGUCCCCUCCUUCAGCGCUCCGCACCGGCGCGUACACGAAGCUCCGCCAACAUGGCGCAAUACAGUUACGAUGAGUCGGGGAACAUGGCGGCGACGUUCGCCCUCAGUGUCCUCGUCCUGAUCCUCGUACCUUGGACUAUCUCUGUUCUUUCACCGAAAAGCAGGAAGCACGUAAACAGAAAGGAAGGAUGCACCUGCGCGCCAUGCCUCGAGAACCAGCAGCGCCUCAAAAAGCAGAUGCCCCGCGUCACCUUCCGCAAGAGCUAUGUGUUUCUUGCCCUUGGUUGGGCUGCCACGGCGGCUCUCGUCUACAAAGUCAUCAACGCGACCCCAGGAGAGAGCGUCCUCUAUGACCCCUUCGAGAUUCUUGGCAUUGCAAGGGAAGCCACCGAGAAGGAGAUCAAAUCCCACUACAAGAAGCUGUCCAAGAUCUAUCAUCCGGAUAAGAUCAAAGCGACUGCUGAGGAGACCCUUGAAAUGAUUCAGGAUCGUUUCGUCAAGAUUACCAAGGCGUACAAAGCACUCACGGACGAGGUCACGCGCGAGAACUGGCAGAAGUACAACGAUCCAGACGGACCGCAGCAGACCACUGUUGGCAUCGCCAUUCCUCAGUGGGUCAUCGAUGCUCAGAACAACAUCUACGUCCUCGGUGUCUACGCCGUAGUCCUCCUCGUCGGGCUUCCCUAUCUGGUCUACAAAUGGUCCACUGCGAACAGCAACAAGACGAAAGACGGCAUCCACACCAAGAGCGCCGCCGCGUUCUUCAAGAGCCUCACGGAGACCACCUCGACAGAGCAGCAAAUCCUCCAGAUCCUCGUCAAGGCCUACCAGUUCGAGCGCACCCCUGUCAAAGGUGCCACCGACAAGGCUUCCGUCCUCAAGGACCUCGAGAAGCACCUCGUCGAGAAGGUUGGUGGCGAGACCAAGUGGGCGAACUGGACAGGGUCGGCGGCCUCCGAUGAAAAUCAGAAGCGGGCGAUCGUUUUGAUCUACAGCCACCUCGCACGCCUCGAGAUCCCCGACGCGGACUUGAAGAAAGAGCAGGAGCAGCUCUUGCUGGCAUCGCCUCUCCUACUGUCGGCCCUCCAAACGAUCUCAAUCACACGCAGCUGGUACCUCCCAACGGUGGCCAUCAUCGGGCUCCAGGCGUCCCUUGCGCAGGCUGUCCUCCCUUCGCCGCCGCUGACGGGCUUGGAGCAGCACUUGCUGCAGUACCCUGGUGUGUCGAUCAGCGAUAUCAGGAGCCUCUCGCCCGCCGAGCAGAGCGCGCCCGGGCUCGUCAAGCACCUCGAGGCCGCUGGCGACGCGCGCGCCGCCGACGUCAAGAAGGCGGCAGAGAAGUGGGGCGCGGCCGAGAUCGUCGACGCGCGCUUCAAGGUCCUCGGCGAGCGCAUCGUCACGCCCUCGGCCAUCGUCAACCUCGUCGUCAAGCUGCGCCUUCGGCCGCCCAUCAGCGGCGCGCCCGUCAAGCCCGACACCUCCAAAGAGGCCCUCAAGAAGGCCGAGCAGCGCGAGGCCGACUUCCUCGUCGGCAAGUCCGACGCUGAGGAUCUCGACAAGGUCGGUGCACCCGAGUCUGGGCUUGCACAUGCGCCGCUGUGGCCCCUGCCCCGCAAGCCCGCGUUCUACCUGAUUCUCGCCGAGCCAAGGCAGUACAAGAUGGUAGUGCCGCCGUUGAAGGUCACAGACGUGCCGUACGCGAGCGACGCGGAGUACAGGUCGUACAAGAUCCAGUUCCAGGCGCCGCAAAACGUGGGCGAGUUUCACUGGUCGGUGAGGCUGGUGAGCGACACGUUUGUGGGGGAGUACGAGGAGCAGGAUAUUGUGCUCAAGAUCGACGACGUCAGCGCCCUCGACGCCGACGAGCGUGGCGACGAGGAGGACGACAUCUCCGACCCCGAAGAGGACUCGCUCGCCGGUCAGAUGGCAGUCAUGCGCGGCCACAAGGUCAAGCCGAUUGCGGAGAGUGACGAUGACGAUGAGAGCAGCACGGACGAUGACAAGAGCGACGACAGUGACAGUGAUAGCGACAGCGAUAGCGAUUGAUGUGGUUGUUGUUGCUAGCGUAGUCGUUGGGCUUUUGGAUUUAAUUUAUGAUCCUACUGGAUUUUUCUUCACUGAAGGCCUCUCUGAACACUCUACCCUCUUUGGCC